AUGGCCGGCAGUCACUGCAAGGUCUCUAGUUUUCUGAACCAGCACAUCCAGGCUGUUCGCCACCUUGGAGGACUCCGGCAGGCAUUCAAAGUAUUUGAGCGGAUGGCCCGGCAGGAUGAUGAGAAGAGGCGCCGAGAGCUGGAGGCGAAGCUAAGGAAGAAGGAAGAGGAGGAGGAGGCUGCCGCAGCCGCUGAGAGGGUGAAACUGUCCCCUGCAGCUCAGGAGGUUGAGGUAGAGACAACAGCAGAGCACGUCCCCGCGCCGGAUGCUGAGGGAGCUGUGGGGACGCAGGAUUCGGCUGUAGCCCAGGACGCUGCCCCCAGUCCCGUGUCGGCAGAGCCCCCGGCGGCCGCUGCCCCGGCAGAGCCCCGGCCAGCAGAACUGCCCACGAGACAGGAGCAGUUCCAGACAAACCCCGACAGCUACAAUGGAGCUGUGCGAGAGAAUUAUGCCUGGUCCCAAGACUACAGCGACCUGGAGAUUAAAGUGCCUGUGCCCAAGCACAUCGUAAAAGGCAAACAGGUGUCUGUGGAUAUCAGCAGCGGCGCGAUUCGCGUAGCGGUGCUGGAGGGGAGCAGCCAGCGUGUCCUCAUGGAAGGGAAACUCACGCACAAGAUCAACACAGAGAGUUCCCUCUGGAGCCUGGAGCCGGGGAAGUGCGUUUUGAUCAACCUGAACAAAGGGGACGAGUACUGGUGGAACGCCAUCCUGGAGGGCGAGGAGCAGAUCGACAUCGACAAGAUCAACAAGGAGCGCUCCAUGGCCACGGUGGAUGAGGAGGAGCACGCCGUGCUGGACCGCCUCACCUUCGACUACCACCAGAAGCUGCAGGGCAAGCCCCAGAGCCACGAGCUGAAGGUGCACGAGAUGCUGAAGAAGGGCUGGGACACCGAGGGCUCCCCUUUCCGUGGGCAGAAGUUCGACCCCUCCAUGUUCAACAUCUCCCCCGGCGCCGUGCAGUUUUGACGGCAGCCAAAAAUGGCCGAG